AGGAGAGAGAGCUGUUUAAGGCAGUGCAGACUCAUCGCCGAAAAAAAUCCUCUACACCAAAACACCGUUUUAUUCUUAUCGUGGUGGAGGACUUACGCGGGGUCAAUUUUGCGAUUGCUUGACGUACGUCGCGCGCGCGAGCAGCUCGACCACCCCGGCAAUAUGAUUAUAACGCUGAAAAACCUACAGCAGCAAACGUUCACGAUAGAGAUCGACUCGUCGCAAACCGUCAAAGAUCUCAAGGAGAAGAUCGAGACGCAGAAAGGCUUCCCCGCCGAGCAUCAGAAGUUGAUAUACGCUGGGAAAAUAUUAGCGGACGAGCAGCCUUUAACAGAAUAUAAUAUCGACGAGAAGAAAUUUAUAGUUGUUAUGGUAACAAAGCCUAAAGCUGGUGCUACACCUAAAACAAGCGAAGAGCAGCGCGCGGAGGGUGAUAAGAAGGAGGAGUCCACUAGCUCGGCAACUACACAACCUAGUUCAAACCCUAUUGUUCAGGAUACUACACGAGCAGCUAGUAAUGUGCAAGAGCAACCAGCAGUAGCCGCCGCCACGCCCGCGGCUGGUCAAGCAGAAAGUGCCUUGCUAAUGGGAGAGGAUUAUAAUACUAUGGUAAACAACAUCAUGGACAUGGGGUACGAGCGCGAGCAGGUCGUACAGGCGUUGCGCGCGAGUUUUAACAACCCUGAUAGAGCCGUCGAGUAUCUCCUAACAGGUAUACCAGCGCAGCUCUUUGAGGAUCCACCCGAGGAUCCGCCGGAGGCUCAGGAGCCGCUUCAGGAACAGAGCCAGGAUCCGUUGGCCUUUUUGCGCUUGCAGCCACAGUUUCAGCAGAUGCGCCAGGUCAUUCAGCAGAAUCCACAGCUGCUGAACAAUCUGCUUCAGCAGAUCGGUUCCACUAAUCCUGCCCUUUUACAGCUCAUCUCUCAAAAUCAGGAAGCGUUUGUACGCAUGCUCAAUGAACCUGUGGAACCUUCUUCUACGGGAACGGGGGCGCGAGUUUUGCCAGCGUCCGGAGGGGGCGUAGCGCCCGCGGCCGCGGCCGCGGCGGGAGGCGCUGUGAACGGUGGCGCUGGCACGGGCGCAACAUCCGUAGGAUCUGGUUUAAUACAGAUAACACCACAAGACAGAGAUGCUAUCGAGAGGUUGAAGGCGUUAGGUUUCCCAGAACACUUAGUCGUACAAGCGUAUUUCGCCUGUGAAAAGAACGAAAAUCUCGCUGCUAACUUCCUACUUUCGCAAAACCUUGACGACUGAAUCACUCGAUCUGAUUUCUCGCGCGGUGUUUUUCGAAUAAAAGUACAGGACUGACAGAGGGUGGAUGAUCGCACCAUUUAUCAUUUUUACCUUACAAUAAUCAUCUUUAUUUUGUAUAUAGAUAUAUACAAUAUCUAUGCUAUUUUAUUUGUUGUGUAGAUAAAGCCCUGGUGUGUGUUUGGUAAGCGAUUGAAAUCUAAUGAAUAACCGCAUACCAUAACAUUACAUGUAUGUCAACUCUUUUAAGCAUUGUUUCAUACUUAAAAAAAAAGGGAAAAGAACAUUUCAUUCAAUAUGCAACGCAUGUUUAUGAGAGAAAGAAUUGUUGCUUACAGCAGACGGUGUUGUAAAAUCCAUCCUUACAGCCUACAAGUGCUCUAAGAUCUUAUAUUUCUUUAAUAUAUAUAUGGAGCAAUGUAAUAAUUGCAUUUUUAUAUGAGAAAGCCUUACGAGCCUUACUCUGCAAACGAAUACCUUGCAGUAGUUACAUAAUUGAGGGUCGGGCAUAUAUAAAUUGACGAUGUGUUCACUCUCGCGUUAAGGUAUGUUUUAUACAUAUCUGAAUGUUUGCAUGUAGGUAUAAUAAGUGCAUUUUGUACAUUUCUUGGCUUUCUGAUAUAAAAAUUAUAGAAAUGCAUCUGUUUUCGGGCAUGUGUACUUGCAUAUAUUCGUAUUUAUGUAUGUAUGUAACAAAGAGAUUUUUUUAUUUUUAAUCGAUAAUACCGGGGAAACUGAUUUAAAUGUUUUUAAAAGUACAUAUGUCACAAUUCAGUAUAUUGUAACAAUUUGUCAAAAAACAAUUUAUUAUAUAUACAUAUAUAUGUAAAAUCUUAUUCUUAAUCUAUUUGGAUCUUAAUAAUUGUUUCAACACAAAUAUCAUAUUAAAUUUUUACUAAUUUAGUAGUGAUAUUUUUUGCUUAUCAAAUCAAUUAGAAUUCGUAAUUCAAAUGAAAUAGUUGAGAUACUAUGAAUCUAUUAGAUAAUCUUGAGACUGUAAGUCCUAGAAUACAUUGAUUGUUAUGUAUAUUAUAUCCAAAUUCUAUUAAAGCUAGACCAUGAAACGAAAUAUUAUAAACUAUUUCAAAUAUGACAUGCCUGAUUGUAUCUUUUUUUGCAGCAUAAAGUAAUGUUAAUCUUUUUUUUCUAUAGUACAAAAAAAGAAAUUUAUGUUUAUCACAUAAUGACAUACAUACGUAUGUACGUAUUUAUGCAUGUUACAUAAAGUAGGAAAUUCUUAAGUCUUAAAUUUGUACCAUACAGUUACUUAUUAAUAUCAUUGAAACAAUAAUAAAUAUUGAGAAAUUUUCAUCGCUCUUACAUAUAUUUAGUGCAAAAACAAUAUAAAGAAUUAUCCGUUGGAGAGUUGUAGUAAACAAUGCAUAAAAUUCCAAUCUGUUUAUGCUGACUCGAGAUUUAUCCCCCCCCCCUUUUUUUAUAAAAAUAGAGAAAU